AUGAGAGCCACUCUCGUCGUUGCUGCCAGCUGCGGAGCCAGCGUUGGUUUGGCCAGCAGCAUUGAGUUCCCACCCAACGCGACCGAGAUCUUUGGCCCGUUCAUCCAGGACAACGGCACGCUCGCGACGUGGAUGUCAGAGUAUUUGGACGAAACACCACUGGCACUGCUCAACAUUCCAGGCACACACGACUCCGCAACCUGGAACUACACGCAGGCGACUCAGGAUGCCCUGGCCAAUAUCACAGCAGGCGACGGGGAGCCGACCUACCCGCCAGAAGUCUUCCGAUGCCAGAAUGCCAGCAUCAUGGAGUCGCUGAGCGCUGUGCGGUUCUUCGACCUGCGCUUUGCCUUGGAUCCAACGGGCACCAAGCUUGUGUUCUGGCACUCCCAAGCCCUCAUGUCCGAACGGGCGACGGUGGGCGAUGUCAUCACUGCCUUCUACUACUGGCUGGACCUGCACCCUUCGGAGACGGUGAUCCUUUCGUUCCAGUACGAAGGCUCCACGAUCGUCAACGCGACGUUCGAUGCUACCGUCCAGCACAUGAUCUUUGACAUUCUCAACUCGACCACCACUGUCCAGUACAUCGAUCAAACACACGGUGUCCUGCCCACACUCGGCGCAGCACGCGGCAAGGUCGUGCUCUUCAGACGUUUUGAUCUGGACGAGCUCCCAGAUGAGUACGAAGCCGCGCUGCCUGGCCUGCACCUGUCGCCGAGCUCGUGGGCAGACAACAGCAGGGCCAUAUCCCUGACGUAUAACACGGUGCUGAACUUGACCGCUUACAUCGAGGACUAUUAUGAGCCGGACGACUUAGGCGACAAUUCCACGGCAGCGGACAACAUUGCAGCCAAAGUCAAUGCAACGGUGUCGCACCUGGAGAUGGCCACUUCGGACACUCCCGACUAUGAUCGAAGUCUGUUCAUCACUUUCGCUUCGGCGGAGCAUGUGACGGCGGUUCCAGUCGCGGUGACACCGCAGAUUAUGGCUUUGGGUGUUGAUUCAUAUCGAUGCCGGAGCCCACAGGAACUGAGGCACUACCUGGACCGGCGCAACGAGGAAGACGAUGAUCCAUUCUGGGAUGGGCCUGUGUUGAGAAGACCUACGUCCCUGAGGCUAUUCUUCCUUCCCUAUUCAGGCGAUGGUGGCGACGAAAAGUCUCCGUUCUCCCAGAGACUAGCUGAGGUUGGAUUUGCGGAGCUGUUAUGCGAGAAAGCUGGGUUUGCUCUGGAAUCUGGAGACGGCUCUGAUGACAGCGAUGAUGAUGAAUGGGUCUCACCGUCGAGCUCGCCUCGCCAGUCAGCAAUGAUGGCCUGCUCAAGAAAAGCGCGCACCGAACUGGAGAGGAUAGACGAAGAGGCCGAGGCGGUAGACGUGGACCAUGGAGCUGACUUCAGACAAAGCUGGAUCUGGGAGGCACGGUAUAUACGGUCCACCACGCAGGCCCUAGCAGAUCAGGAUGCCACCACAUACUUCUGCAUAAACUUCCCCAAACUGUUACAGAAGCGCAUAUCGGACACCAUCCACAGUCUGACGGCCUUGGCCAAGAAUCCGCUUUUCCUGGAUACACUUAUAAUCGACGAAGUCAUAGCGUUCUAUCGAGACGCAAUCAAAAGACACCGGGCUCAGCUCCUGGCCCUUAAUGAUGAUGACUCCAACAGCACAGAACUGUCCAUAAAGCUGGAAGAGCUUUCCACACAGUGGCGUACGAUCCUGAGGGAUAUACACGACAUGCAGGCUCAUAUCCACCACCUGCGUUCCGUGGCUGAGUCGAGGUCGUCUCGGAAACAGGAGAGGGCAUCAAUGCUACAUCAACACGACAACUACCACAAGCACACGCGCCAGAAGUCAAGCGACGUCUUCGGGCCACCCGCCACCGAGAUCCUGCAGCUGCAACUCUCGACCUGCGACUUCUGGGCCAGGUGUGUGAAUAUGUAUUUGGAGCGCACGAACAAUCGCGUCAAGAACUCGACCUACCGCAUGAGCAAGACCAUCCCCCUCCGGCGGCGGGGCUCCCUCCCGCAGCUGAACCGGCGCCUGAGCAACUUCACCAUCGAGGUGGCGGUGCACAUCCAGCGCAACAGCGCCUCGGUCUCGACGCUGGCCAUGUCCUUCCUCAGCACCGUCUUCUUCAGCCCGGACGGCCUGCUCUUCGCCCUGACCUACUGGUGGUGGAUCAUCGCCACCCUCAUCCUGCCCCUGACGUUCGUCAUCCUGCACCUCUGGUUCGAGACCCUGGCCACCAACGUCGGGCUGCUGCGCGGCGGUGGGCGCAAGGCCGCGCGUGGUACGCGCCUGGGCGGUGUAGCCGAGGACGGGGAGGGGGGCGGGGAGGGCGAAGAGGGAGAGGCGGUAGAUUGA